AUGUCGAUACUGACGUGGGGACUUUUUAAGAGUGGAGAUGCACAAGCAGUGAAAGUUCACCAGGAUCUGAGUUGCCUAGUUGAUAUCGUGUGGACCAGCAUGCUGGGUUUCAAUCUGUGUCAGUGCCGAGGAGGAGAAAGAGCGCCGCGUAGAAUCAGUAUGAAGCACCCUCACUGCGUGCUCGCACUGUCACUGUUCCUGCUCUCCAGCUCCUGUUUCUCACAAGGUGCUCUUGCAUCACCCCAGCGGUUUCCAGCAGAACAAAAGCUACGUCUGUGGAGUGAGAUAGAUGACCUGUGUUCUUCCUUUCUUUCUGCAGUUCCUCAGUCACAGCCAUCUGGUACACUGAAAGAACUGUGCUAUAUGGCCUUGACAAUUCUGGAGUGGCAUCAGGAUUUAGAAGACAAGGGUGAAGACAAAAGGUUCUUAUUUCAUUAUUCUAAGACCCAUGACACAGGCAACUCUAAUUUUAUGUCCUCUGUCCUGCACCCCUUGCUGCAACUUGUCCCUGAGCUUCAUGAGCGAAGAAUGAAGAAAGGCAGAGGUGAUGAAGAAUUUCAAGGACCAGGUGGAAUUCAAAGUCGAGGUUAUUUUAUGUUUAGGCCACGUAAUGGAAGAAGAUCGUCUAGUUCUCGUUAACAGGAAGACGAACAUCUGCAGCAAUGAUUGACAAACAUGGUGAAAAUGGUGUAUAGACAGCAAUGUACAAGCAGCUAUGCCUACACCUUUCUAUACUGGCC